AUGCCAGUUGUAGCACUCUCCGAAGUCGGACUGAUAAUUGACGUAUUUGGAGCAAAACCAGUCGUAUACAAGGCAACAGACUACGUCACAAGCAGCAAUAGACUUGUUGCAUACAACAACAGAAUGCUACGAUUCAUAAACUUAGAUUCAAUGGAGCAGUCUCAGGUUGAGAUUGAGAAAGCCAUUGAACUAAAAAUGGGACCAAAUGGAAUCUACACAGCAAUCAAAACACAGGCUGAACAACUGAUCAUCUACAAAGAGAACAAGAACCAUUCUAAGAUAGAGAAUAUUGAUGAAUUUGGAAUAAACAACAGUUUACUCUACUACACAUCAAAUGACAAGAUGAUCAUACUGGACCUGGAAUCAAAUAGACCAAUUUACAAGUCAAAGAUUCCCAAAUCAAUUUCGUUGCUAACUAACGAAGCAAUGAUUUUAUCAAAUGAAAACAAGAUCAUUCACAUCAAAGGCGGCACAAAAAUGUGUGAAUCAGGUGAAUUAGACAUUGUUGAAGACAAGGCAUUCACAGUAGUGAACAGGGAAGCAACCAGUGAAUCACUGAUUCAGUUAGAAAAGGCCAAUAAAAUCAGAACACAUGAAUCAGGCAACAGUAUCGUUCUGCUGGUAGAAACUGAUUACAUUUCCAAGACGUAUUUUGCUGAGUUGGAUUUCUACUACCUUGUACGAAACAGUGGUGGCGAAUCAUUCACAAUAUUGAAGUAUAGCAAACUGGGAGACAUUUAUGACGUAGGAUUUCUGGAGAGUGCGUUCUACGUUGUUUCUGGUGCCCAACCAGCACGAUGCAUGCUCUACAGCACGAAAACAGGGAAAUUGAUCAGAAGAAUCAGGGGAGCCACCAGAAACUGCGUGGACUUCACUGCCAAUGAAAAGAGGGUGCUCUGUGGCGCAUACGGCAACCUUCCUGGGAUUUCAACUGUGGUGGAGAAGGGUGAGAUCAUCUGCCAAUUUGAGUCACUGGGGGCAUCAAUUUUCAGGUGGCUCAACGAUGAUACGCACUUUCUGGUUGCGACCAUGAAUUAUUUCAAGGGCCAGAAUAAAAUAGACGUAUUCGACUGCUAUGGAAGGUGCACAGAGACCAUGGAGUGCAAGUCACUCUACAAAGUAGACGUAUUUGGAAAUAAGACGAAGAGUGUGGCAGUUGAUAGGCCCAAGGACUUGAGGCUGAUUGAAAAGACGGAAUCAUUUGACGUUGGAUCGUUGUCCAUGGAUUUGUACAACAAAAUGUACAGUGGAAAUGGGGAGGUGGAGAAGAAGGAAACGAGGCCACUGAAAAAGGAGACUGAGAGAAGCAGGACGGUUGAGGCCGUGGCAAUGGAAAUUGAGGAAGCAAAGAAGUUGAGGAAGAAGAUGCAGGAUGGGGCUGAUUUGACAGUGGAGGAGCAGAACAAGGUGUUUGGAAUAGGAGAAUUGGAGGAGGAGCUGAAUAGUAGAAUGAAGGGCAGUUCGUAG